UCCCCUCUCUCUAUUUUCUCUCUAUAAAUUGACGGAAAAAUGAUUGCAACAUUUCGUUUCAUCGUCCUUGUCCCUAUCCCCAUCCCCAUCCUCAUUCACCUCUACCAACGUCAAUUCCACAUUAUGGUUAAUUACCGUCGCUAGCUAGGAAAGGAGAAGCAAAGUGCGAAAUGGUAACUUCCAUAAGCGAGGGGGGCCAAAAUAGAAAAUAAAAGGUCAAGGUUAAAAGAUGACUGGUCAAACCUGUGGAGUAGUUUUAUUUUCUUAAAAAUCAAAUGAGUUGCCAUCGCUUAUGACAUAUGGCUAUUUAUCAUAUCAAUAAUGUUGGUUCGUCAAUGAUGUGAGGUUAGAACAAAUUACACAUUGCACUGCGGGUUAAUGCUAUUUCCCACGUGGCGCAAUGUUUUUCGAGGAUUGGGGCGGUGCCUGGUGCCAGCCCCUUUGGACAUAUUCGGUUUACCAUUAGCCGUAUUCGCCCUGAGCCUCCAGAUUCUUGCCCAUGAAUUUGGUGUGGUCUAUUCUAGUCUAUAAUUUGGUGGAAUUCUAAAUUCAUGGCUUGGGGGAUUGUUUUCUUCGUAGCACAAAUUCUCAGGCUCUACCUUCCAUUGACCAUUUCAUUAAUGGGCUUAUCUGGAGAAGUUCUAUUUGAUGUAUGGAGUCUAUGGACCAAAUGAUACACAGGAUGAUGUAAUAAUACUGGGAACUUUGCUGUAUAAGCUACUUCCUAAGAGAUUAAAUAAAAAGCGUCUCUUAUUUAUAGUAAGUAUUUCAAAAGUUCCCAGAUUCCUACGUUUCUUAGGUGGGGUAUGUAACUUGGAUCAUUUUAAUAUUUCUUCACGACAUUCUAGAGUGCUAAUAUAAAGCAAGAUUCCAAGGGUCUCAAGCCAAAAGAUUUCCAAAGUUUUGGAACACACGGAACUACUUGGAAAAAUCUAGAAAAGGAAAAUCGUUAAUUUUCCCUACCCAAUCCAUUAAUUGCCACAAACUGUCAGUCGGCUCCCAACAAGCUCUACUCUCCAGAAGUUCUUUCGGUUGAUUGCUUGGCUCUACUCUUUAUCAUGGAGUGACACAUAUGUUGUGUUGCUAGGUCUCCUGCCUUAGCUUGCAGCACGCCGCUUCCCUUCUAGGCGCUUUUUGGAGUUCCCUAAGUAUUUCUAUUCCAAUCAACUCAUUCCUGUGAUCAACUUGGUUUCACUGGAAGUGCAAUUAGGUCUCUCACCCUUUGGUGCAGCUAGAUGUCACUCCCUACUCAAUACCCCUCCUUAUUUUCAUGUCAAAGAUGAAUGCUGUGUUAAUCUUAGUGCCUGUCAUUAUUAGAAUCACUUUAGUCUUCCUUGAAAAUGGUGGCACUAGUAUUUAUCACCAGACAUAUGGAGCACCUGUUAAUGCUACCUCCAUAAAUAUUAGGCAUCUAUUCUCAAGUGUCUUGAACAUGACUUCCACCUUGAGAGAGUUUAGCAGUUAAGGAGAUUCAACACGUCUCCUAUUGCCCUUUUUCUAUAUCAAUGUGCCGAGGGCUAUUUUUGGGAACAGUCUCACACCUAAUGUAGAUCAUGUUAUAGGAAAGAUUUAUCUAUGGGCAUGAACUUUUUCUUUUUGUUCUUAUCCUUAUCCUUGCCCUCACCCUAUCUCCACUGGGGAGUUGUGAAGUAAUGAGUAUGGAUAAUUAGUAUUGUUAAAACAAACACCCCAAUUUAAAAAUUUUAUAAGACGUAGAAAAUAGAGAUUUAAAAAUAGCUUACAACUAGCGCAACAUUGGAAACAAGUUACUUAAACCUUAUGGUCAAUUUAAUGACUAAAACUAUGAUUCAAAUUUUAUAUUAGUUGUCAAGCUCAUGUACCGGAUAUUUUAAUAAGGUAUGCACACUAAAAUAAAGCUGAACAUUCUAGGACUGAAACAUAUACCAUUGGGUUUACCAAUGACUCCAUAAAGAAGUACUAUAUGCAAUUAUAUCAUAUGAUUCUCUUGCUAAGAAACACAACUGGUAUUAAUGUUAUCAUUGAAUCAAAUGGCGAUUGUCUUAUUGAUUAUAUCUAAAGAACUAUUUAUUUGCUGGGAAGAUAUUGUGGAUUGGAGUUUAUGGUUGGCUUUGUUGAUUUAACAUUGUUAAUCAAAUUAAGUGUCUUAAAUUCAUUAUAAAAUAUGCAUUGUCUUGCUCAUAGAAAUUUGCAAAUUUUGAAUAGAAAUUAAUGAUUGUACAAGCAAAAUAAUUUGAAGGAUGUGAUUUAGUAACAUAUAUGUGGGAUCCUUUGACCAUCGCAUGUUACCUACCAUUGCUUGAGAAAAUUAUUUUAGGAGAGUUUUAUGUAUUUUAUUAAGGCCUUAAUAAUAAGCCGAUUAUUGAAUGUCAAACCUCUAACAAAAAUAUCGAAAAUUAUUUUGCAUUUGUCCUGUUAUAUAUGUUUAUUAUGCUUAAGGUGACAUGAGAUGAUGACUAGAGGAACCUAGGGGAAAUGAUUCUAUUUGUUCCUGUAAUAUUUAAAAAUAAAAUGUGAUUUAGAAAUUAAAGACUUUAGGACUCGGAAUAAAAUAGGAGUAAAAGCAUUUAGUUGAAAUAUAGAAACACCCUAAUUUGAAGUGUUAAUAAUUGAAUUAAAAAAAUAAAACAAAAGAAUCAUGAUAUCUCCAUCCCAGGGCCAAAGUCCAAAUCCACCCAUUAAGCUAAAAGGAAGUGUCUUUUCUCAUAACCGGCUAGGUUUGGAAGACCUUGACCAAAAGUCAGUUCUGCAGCUCCAAGGCUAUGAGAUAUUGAAACUUCUACUGGGACCAUUCUCCUCCUCAGUCCUCCCAAGAAAAUUUCAAGUUAUAUAUAAAUUCCAUGGUUUUUGUCGUUAUUGUUUAUUGUUUCGGAUGAGUGCAAGUUACAUAGAGUCUAAUGUCUCCGGUCCAACUAACCAAAGGGCUUUUCCGGAUGAACACAUCAUGUGUUUUAUAUAUGUAGUUUGCAAUAUUAUACAUAUUAAAAAUCCUUUUUGGAAAGAGAGGGUUUAUGGCCGAAAGAUAUUGUACAAUAGUUGAAUUCUAGAUGAAACAUUGUAAAUCCAGUCAAAUUAAACACCCAAUGGAGAGAGAUUUUUGAAUCAUUGAAGGUGAUUUGCAAAUGUCAUUCUGGGUUAUUCUUCACACCUUUAUAGUCCCUUUUUCUCCCGGCUCCUUGUUCUUCAACAAUGUCCAUCCAAAUGGGUCUACACUACUUGUUCUAUGUUGGGAUCAGUAUCCUCAUUUGCACCUUUGUAGCGGAGUCAUAUGCACCAGUUGACCCGAAGUAUGAAGCUUGCAAGCCUAAGAACUGUGGGAGUGGCCCAAACUUAAGCUACCCGUUUUAUAUCUAUGACAACGAAACAGACUUCUGUGGUUACCCAGGCUUUGGAAUUCUUUGUGAAGAAAACAAGCCUCUUUUUACAACAUCCAGAAAUGAUUACUUCAUUGAAACUAUCUCUUAUGAGAUCCAAUCAUUUCGGUUGGUCAACGUGGAAGUGGUUAACACCCUCUGUGCUGCUGCUCAACAUUAUUUUGCUUUUGAUAGUUCUUCCUUCAAAUUUAUCACCAAGUUUGGUGAUCUUAUUUGAUUUUAUAAUUGCAAAAAAUGGGUACCUCUUGGUUAAGCACAUUCUCCAGUCAUUUGCGCUUCCAUUGCCACAAAUUAUUCUGUUGCCGUUUUGAACACUGGGUCUGAGGAUUGGAACUGUACUAAAAUGGCUGAAGAGAUGGCCUGUGAGAGGCACGUGGGCGCACCAGUGGAUUUGGAGAGAAGGCAGUAUAAUCAAACAGUGGAGACUAUGGACUACAUGGAGUUACUGAAGAAUGGAUUUAGUCUUCAAUGGACUGGUAUUAACUGCGUUGAAUGCCAACUAAGUGGUGGUCGUUGUGGGUUUGAUGAAAAUAAUGAAGCCGUAUGUUUUUGUCCUGAUCGACCUCAUACCACACAUUGCAAUGACAGUAAGGCAAAGGCAAAGGAUGACUGCCUUUUCUUACUUUUAUUUUCUGUUUGAUUCUUUUACUAAAUUUUUGCAAAUUACGCACUCCUCUCUACAAAAUGAGGAGAACAUGAAGGUUUCUUCAUCCCUUCUAGGCUGGUUUGGUUUUAGUUCUCAUGCCUUAUGGCUUAUUUGAACCCUUUCCUUGUUCUGGGGUAAUAAGCAAGUGGACCAACCUGUCGUUGAAGCUGUGCACUAUCUUUGAGCUUUAUUUUGAUCCACAGAAAAGGGAGGUGUGAAUCCCUGAAACUAAGGAAAAGCCAUGGCCCGAGUGUCAAGCAUAUCAAGACUAGACUUCCUCGCACAUGCGCCUAUCCUUGCCGCGGGAAAGGGUUACCUGAUAUUGAGGGACUGCCUAAGUACCCAUUAAUCCAUGACCUAUCAUGUUUUCUCUUUUCCCUUUACCUCGUCUUCUACUUUUGCUCCACAAGACCACUCUGUUUUUAUGUCCUGAUUUUGAACAUUAAGAGCUGCAGCAAGUCAAGUCUUUCUAAGCAAUGUAGAAGGUGAGUUGGAAACUCCCAUUGUGGAUUGGGGUGUCUAUUUGUUGGCCAAUGGAAAAUGAUGGCCUAUUUCACAUGGGCUACAAAAGACUCUUGGCCCAUCCCAUAGAAAGUCUCUUUCCCAAGACCUCUUGCCACUCUGUUUCGAUGUCCUGAUUUUGAACAUUAAGAGCUGCAGCAAGUCAAGUCUUGCUAAGCAAUGUAGAAGGUGAGUUGGAAGCUCCCAUUGAGGAUUGGGGUGUCUAUUUGUAGGCCAAUGGAAAAUGAUGGCCUAUUUCACAUGGGCUACAAAAGACUCCUGGCCCAUCCCGUAGAAAGUAUCUCAUUUCUAAGUCGACUGCCGUGCUAAGCAGAUAAAAGAGAGAAAACUUGGUUUAAAGGGAGAGGAGGAUUACCUUGUUUAUGUCAGAUAAUUCGUACCUGCUGUUGGUAUGGUGCCAAUGCUUUUGUAGUUGAAUUGGGGAUUGCGCAUGGGUUUUGUUUAUUUUCUUGUUCUAUUUCUUCUCUCUCUUUCUGUGCUUCUUUCUUUUGCUGAAGAAGAAAGGAAACACCCUCCUUCCACUGAAGAAGAAAGGAAGCACCCUCCUGAAGAAGAAGAAUGGAAACACCCUCCAAGUUGUCCACGCUUCGACUGUGAAAAACUGGGCUGGCUUCAUUUUCCCUUCAACAAUGAAACAAACUCAGAAUGCGGAUUGUGCACGGUAACAAGAUGUACUGAAGAGCUUCCAUGGAUCCAACUGGAAAGGGGAGGAAGAUAUUUUGGGGUGAAAAACAUCUCUCAGGCUGGUACGAUAGUAAUUCAAGAUCAGCAGCUUCAAGGGCAGUUGAAACGCCGCAGAUGUGACUUCAUCAACAACAUAACUUCUUCCCUUUCUCCUUCCAUUUCCUUCAUACCCGGACUGUCGCCUAGAGGAGGCCAAUGCCAAGAUGAUAAAAAGGGAAAAUUCAAGUGUGCACAUGUAAAAGGGAAUGAAAAGCGACUGAAGCUAGCCCUAGGAUUAGGUAUCAGUGCUGGAAGCAUUACCAUCUUAAUAAUUUGUUUCUUUAUCAUCUGGCAGUGCCAUAAGAGGAAGUAUGCUCCAACUUUCCUCUCAAGGAACACUUCUUCAGAUCCCUCUUCAAAAUCAGAGUUGGAAAUAACGGGGGCGUAUUUUGGCAUCCCCAUUUUUCCCUACACUGAACUUGAAGAAGCCACUAAUUAUUUUGACCCUGAUAGAGAAAUUGGAGAUGGAGGUUUUGGAACUGUAUACCAUGGACAACUGCGAGAUGGGCGAGAGGUUGCUGUCAAGCGCCUAUACGAGAACAAUUACAGGCGGGUUGAACAGUUCAUGAAUGAAGUUAAAAUCCUCACUCGUUUGCGCCACCGGAAUCUUGUCUCCCUUUACGGCUGCACCUCACGCCACAGCCGUGAACUCCUUCUGGUUUACGAAUUUAUUCCCAAUGGAACAGUCGCUGAUCAUCUCCACGGGAAUCGAGCAGAUUCAGGCUUACUCACAUGGCCUAUCCGAUUGAGUAUUGCCAUAGAAACUGCCACCGCAUUAUGUUAUCUCCAUGCUUCUGAUGUUGUACACCGGGACGUGAAAACUACCAACAUUCUCCUAGACAAUAGUUUCUGUGUUAAAGUCGCAGAUUUCGGGCUUUCACGACUCUUCCCCACCGAUGUUACCCAUGUCUCAACCGCUCCACAAGGGACUCCCGGCUAUGUUGAUCCAGAAUAUCACCAAUGUUACCAGCUUACAGAUAAGAGCGAUGUUUACAGCUUUGGGGUUGUCCUUAUUGAACUCAUAUCAUCACUGCCUGCUGUAGACAUUAGUAGGCACAGGCAUGAGAUCAAUUUGUCUAACUACGCUAUAAACAAGAUACAAAAAUGUGCAUUUCACGAGCUGAUAGACCCGCAUCUUGGAUUUGAUUCAGAUCUUGCGGUUAACAGGAUGACUACUCUGGUGGCAGAAUUGGCCUUUCGCUGUCUGCAACCUGAUAAGGAAAUGAGGCCUUCCAUGGAUGAAGUCUUGGAGAUUUUGAAGGAAAUUGAGAGUGACAAGCAUGAAUUGGAGAACAUGGACACAGCAGCGGACAGUGUUGGAUCCUCGAAGCGUAAGCCGCCAUCACCUUCACCAGAUUGUGAUGAAGUGGGGUUGUUGAAAAGUGUCCAGCUGAUGCCAUCACCAGAUACUGUGAUCGCUCAAUGGCCCAGUAGGUCUACUACACCAAGCGCCAGUGCUUAACGUUUCCCUUAGUAUUUUGCUUAUUUUCCGAUGGGGAUGCUAACGAUAUGUGAAACAUGUAACCAGAUGUAAAUGAAAGGGUUAAUGUUCUUUCUCAUCUUCCUAUCUUUGUUUUGUUGUCCAUGUACCAGAGAUGAAUCUCAGAUUCAUUGUCUACUGGAUUUAAGGUCUGAGGGGAAUAUACCAAGUUAAAGAAGCUGCCAUUGCUAUGCCCAGUUUUGAUUUUGCUA